GUAUAUAUAAGAGUUUACAAGCUAAGUAGGCCUAUUACAAUACGACUAGGACGAGAUUACAAUAUGACUAGGACUAGAUAAUUUAAGAGCCAAGUAAUAGUCUAACAGUAAAAUCCUCCAAUACACGCGGGUUCCAAAAAUCCACUCUCAGUCAAGUCAAGAGUAGUUUCUUUCAAGAGCGAAAGUGCCCCUCGCGGUACGCCACCGGAAUACAAGUCGCCGGCCGGGUGGGUGCACGCGAGGCUGGGCGAGACCCGUCCAGGUCGCGUAUAAAUGAGUGCGGCCGGCGCUAGCUUGAGCUUGAGCGGGCAUCAGUCAGAUCGCGCAUCGCGUAGGCGUAGCUUCUUCCCAAGUUGCAAGACCAUGGUGCGAGCGCCCUCGCCUUCUUCUCUCCUCUACGCUCCCCUGCUCCUAGUGGCUGCGCUGGUCGGGCAGUACCAGGCGGGCUCGCUGAGGGUGGCGACGGCGCAGACCGUGGCGGCGCCGGUGCCGGUGCGCGUCGGGGUGAUCAUGGACUGGGCGACCAAGGCGUCGUCGGCGGUGUCGCUGAGGCGGCGAACCGGCAUUCAGAUGGCGGUGGAGGACUACUACGCGGCGCACCCGGGGUCGGCCACCAGGGUGGAGCUCCGCUUCGGCGACUCCAAAGGGGACGUCGUCGGCGCCGCCUCCGCCGCGCUGGACCUGAUAAAAAAUGACCAGGUGCAGGCCAUCAUUGGGCCCAAGACGUCAGCGGAGGCGGACUUCGUGGCCUACCUCGGCAGCCGCGCCCACGUCCCGGUGCUCUGCUACGCCGCCACUUCUCCAUCACUCUCUCCGGCGCAGACGCCCUACUUCGUGCGCACCGCCGCCAACGACUCCUUCCAGGCCACCCCCAUCGCCGCCGUCCUCGCAAGCUUCGGGUGGCGCGCCGUGACCGUCCUGCACGAGGACUCCCCCUACUGCGCCGGCAUCCUCCCGGCGCUCGCCGACGCGCUCCAGAGCGUCGACAGUGCAGCGAUCAUGGUCGUGGACCGCGUGCCCGUUCCGAGCAGCGCGGACGAAGAUGCCCUUGACGCGCUCCUCUACCGCCUCAAGGCGAUGCCAACGCGUGUGUUCGUCGUGCACGCGACGCAUGACCUCGCCGCUCGGCUCUUCCGGCGGGCGAGCAAGGCCGGGAUGAUGUCUGACGGCUAUGCCUGGGUUGCCACAGACGGCGUAGCAAGCUUCCUGGACAGUUUCGACCCCGAGGACCUGGACUUCAUGCAGGGCGUCGUCAGCCUCCGGCCUCACGUGAAGUACACGAAGCAAGUCAAGAACUUCUCUGCGCGGUUCAGGGCGAGGUUCCGGAAGGAGAACCCCUCCUCGGACGAUGACGUCCUCAACGACGCGACCGUGUUGAGGCUCUGGUCGUACGACACAGCAUGGGCGAUCGCCGCGGCGGCCGAGGCGGCCAGCGUCCCCGGCCCAGCAUUUCGAACACCGCAGAAUAGCACGGCACGUACAGUCCUGGACCGGCUCGGCGUGUCGGCCACCGGAGAGGCACUUCUCAGGGCGGUGCUCAACACGACUUUCGACGGGAUGGCAGGCAGGUUCAAGCUGGUGGACGGGCAGCUGCAGGUCGCGGCGUACGAGGUCGUGAACAUUAUCGGGAACGGCGCCAUGACGGUGGGGUUCUGGACGCCGGAGUCCGGCAUCUCGCGGGACCUUAAAGUCGGCAGCAGCAAGGCUGCCCGGCAGCUGAAACCCAUCCUCUGGCCGGGCGAGAUGCUGUCCCCGCCAAGAGGCUGGACGGCGUCGCAGAACGGGCGGGUGCUCAAGGUCGCCGUGCCGGUGAAGCGCGGGUUCAAGCAGUUCGUCGACGUCGAGAACUGUAACUCAACAACCAAGAUCACCGGGUACUGCAUCGAAGUGUUCGACGCGGUGAUGAAGAACCUAGCCUACCCGGUAAGGUACCGGUACGAGCCGUACCUCGACAGCUCGGAAUCGUACGAGAAGCUGGUGGACCAGGUGAGCGGCGAGAAGGCGGACAUUGUGGUGGGGGAUGUGACGAUCACAGCGAGCAGGAUGAAAGAGGUGGACUUCACCAUGCCGUUCACGGAGUCCGGGUGGGCGAUGGUGGUGGCGACGAAGCCGGACACGAGCGCCAGCAUGUGGAUCUUCCUGAAGCCGCUGUCCCCCAGCCUCUGGCUCACGAGCCUCGCCUUCUUCUGCUUCACCGGCUUCGUGGUGUGGGUCAUCGAGCACCGCGUCAACCCGGAGUUCCGGGGCACGCCGUCGCAGCAGUUCGGCCUCAUCUUCUACUUCUCCUUCUCAACGCUCGUCUUCGCACACAAGGAGAAGCUGGAGAGCAACCUGUCGAGGCUGGUGGUGACCAUAUGGGUGUUCGUGGUGCUGAUCCUGACCUCGAGCUACACGGCGAGCCUGACGUCGAUGCUGACGGUGCAGCAGCUCCGGCCGACGGUGACCGACGUGAAGGAGCUGCAGAGGCGCGGCCAACACAUCGGGUACCAGGAGGGGAGCUUCAUCGAGCCCUUACUCACGAAGAUGGGCUUCGACGGGAGGAAGAUGAAGAAGUACAGCACGCUGGAUCAGUACGCGGAGGCGCUGUCCAAGGGUUCGGUGAACGGCGGCGUGGACGCGGUGUUCGACGAGAUCCCGUACCUGAAGAUGUUUCUGUCGCAGCAGAGUUCGCAGCACCGCGACGGGUACAUGCAGGUGGGGCCCAUCUACAAGACGGACGGCUUCGGGUUCGUGUUCCCGAGGGGGUCGCCCAUGACGGGGGACGUGUCGCGGGAGAUCCUGAAGCUGGCGGAGGGGGACAAGAUGGCGCAGAUCGAGAAGGAUUGGUUCGGCGAGCCCGGCGCUUGCCAGGACGCGCUGGCCGGCUGCGGCGGCGGCUCGUCGAACCUCAGCUUCUGGAGCUUCGGCGGGCUGUUCCUCAUCACCGGCGUCGUCUCCAGCCUCAUGCUGCUGCUCUACCUCGCCAUCUUCGCGUACCGCGAGCGUGAGGAGCUCCGGGAGGCGGAGGCGAAGGCUGAGGCCGAGGCCGGCUCCGGGAGCGUGUCGGUGCGGAGGCUGCGCGCGUGGCUGCAGCACUUCGACAGGAAGGACCUCAAGUCACCCACCUUCAAGACGUGGAACGACGGGUCCGUCAGGAACGGCAGCGAAUUCACGGGCAGGACGCCAAGAUGGAACGGCGGCGCCGGCGACGCGAGCAUGACGCCGAGGGCCGGUGGGGAGGAACACGCCAACGCCAUGGAAGGGACGAGCCCGCUGAGCGUGUAUAUCAGCUCCGAGAUGAACGCCGGCUCUUCGCCGGAGGGGACGCCCGCGUCGGAGAUCAGUGAGUCGUUCGAGCAGAGGAUCGAGGGGGCAGCAGCCGCCGUGGAGAUGACAAUGCCAACGGCCUCUCAGUAGUAGCAGUAGAUUCUACUACUGCUAGUUUUGCAGUAGGAGUAUAAUGCAUUUGCAUGAGGAAUGCUAGUACAGGAAUUUCGUAGUCUUGUGGCGCUGCUUGCAAUUUAACCAGAAAAUUAUUCGAGUGGACACCAGUAGGAAACUCAAAGGAAAACAGUUAACGAUAUUCGGGUUUGUUAAAUCUCAGUCGUCUGUUAUUUAGUGAAGUC